CCACAACCAGCCACUUGAAGCCACAGCGGAACUGUCUUGGCCCAAGCUCAUCGGCGCUGUUGUCCUGUCAAUCUCCGUUCUUACCUUGUGACGCCGCGAACGUCUACUGUCCAAGUCGCCAAGCUACCCCCGUUCUUGGAAUAUCACAGGCAACCAGGCAACCUGAGGAAAAUCAUUGCUUGAGUUGAGGCCACUAGACGCUUUCAAGGACUCCAUUUCGCCGUUCCUCUGUGGAGCAUUUUGAUCCCAUCGCCGACAUUUCCGGUAGCAAUACAGGGGAUCGCAUCAUCGUCAGUUUACGGUGAAUUGUUUCCCCUCUGCGGUCUCACCAUCAUUAGUUUGAGUCAGUAAUUCCUUUACUCUCUACGAUCCCAUUAUCUUCCAGUUACGGUAGAUCACCCACAACGCAGAUAGCCAUGGCAACCACACUACGCACCAAGCGCAUGACUCGGGAGCAUGGAGAGCUCAUCAAAGCCAACCCCGACUACUUUGUUUACUUCAAAGAUGACGGCCUGACCAAAUUCGACGCUUACGUCGUUGGACCCGAGGACACACUCUACCAGCACAAGUUUGUUAAACUGCGCUUCGAGAUUCCCGAGAAAUAUCCCCUGGUUCCACCAAAGGUCACUUUCAUACAGCAUUCGGGACAGAGGAUUCACCCCAAUCUCUAUGUCGAAGGCAAAGUAUGCCUCAGCAUCAUUGGCACGUGGCCCGGAGAACCUUGGGCUUAUGGAAUGAAUUGUCACACCGUCCUCAUCACAAUCCGAUCUCUUCUCGAUAACCAGCCGUACAAGCAUGAGCCUAAUCAACCAGACGAUCCGGCUUUCAAUCGCUUCGUCCAGUUCUCAACCUGGAGGUGCCUGUUGCUAGAUUAUCUUCGGAAUGAGAAGGAGGAGCUGGGCAAGGCUUUCCUCCAAAAGUGCGUUCUCGAAAACGGGCCUAACAUGCUCGAGGAGCUGCACCGGCAGCGCAUGACCCACGCUCUGAAGAAGGAGGCGUUCACUUGCCCGUAUGUGAGUGGCAAAGCCAGAACAAUCAGGCAUCCGGACUACGAUAGUUUGAUCCAAGAUUUGACUGCCGCUAUUUCCACUGCUAGCGGAGGUGGAGCACCCAAGGCAUUCGAGAAACGGGCCAGAGAGGAAGAUGAUGCGCCUCAGUCCGCUUCCGGACGAGGAAAUGUCGCAGAUUUCACCGAACAGCACAAGGGCAAGCGUGCCAAGAAGGGCUCCUCAGGCGCUGUUGCUGGUGUGCCAAAUGGCGACUUUGGUCGCUGCGCCGAAAAGCCGAUCGCACUUGAUGAGGCUCAGGUUACCGCCAGCCCCAAAAAGACAGCUAAAGAAACCAGUAGUUCACUAACUUGACUUGAGAAUAUGGGCGCUAUGAGGCGUUAUCCUACCCACCAGACAUAAAAUCCUCGAUUUUGCUGCCACGCAAACUUUACGAGUGGAGGGCAAUAGGAAAUACUAAAACAGG